UAUAACUCCGGGGCAUCAGUCAAAUCGCCUGCGCUUAAAUACUGUGUCGCUUGUACAUUUAUAUAUUUCAGUCAUCGCGCAGUGGUUCGCACAAGAGAAAGCGUAAAUCUGGAAAAUUGCACGCAGUGCCUUCGUAGCAGGCUAGCUAAAGUGAUUUUGGCUGUUUAUUCGCGUUAAGACUUUCUUAAACUUUAUAAUAAUAUUGCAUGUUUUUAUAAGGAAUUUAAGUGGACUCUGGUUUGUGGGAGAAACAUUCGGAAAUUAAGCGUGGGGUUGAAUUUAUGCCCAGGCAUUGUUCUGCCGCAGGUUGCAAGUCUCGGGACACCAGAGAGACCCGCAAAGCCGGCAUCACCUUCCACAGGUUGCCCAAACGCGGGAAACCCCGCCGUACCCUGUGGAUCCUAAAUUCGCGGCGCACGGGCCCCCAGGGGAAAGGACAGUGGGACCCCCAGAGUCAGUUCAUCUACUUCUGCUCCAAGCACUUCACCCCCGAGAGCUUCGAGCUGUCAGGAGUCAGCGGGUACCGGAGGCUGAAGGAGGACGCGCUGCCCACGGUGUUCGAGACGCUCCCGCGACAGAGACGUGCCGCCGCUGAGAGGGCGCAGAGAGGGGCGAGCAAGCAGGCCUGCGCCAAGAGCCGCACGCGGAGGCAGUCUAAUUCACUGAAGCAGGAGAAGGAGGAGCCGGACCCUCAGACGGGGGCGGGUCCAAAUGUAGGGGGCGGGGCUGUUGUCCAGGAUACGGAGAAGACUGAGGAAGCCGGCUGGGAAGAGGAUGACCUGAAGAGUGAGGGAGCGGCCAAAGCUUUAGAGCGGACCCUCCCUCCUGCUGCAUCUCCUCCCCCUUCCUCUCUUCCCCACCCCUCCCCUGGGCUGUCCCAUGUCCCUCCAGCCUCCCUCGCCCCACCGUCGCCCCGCCCACCCUCGGGACCGCCCCCUCCGCCGUCCGAAACGGCCUCCUCCGUGCCCGCCUCGACCGCCGCCGUUCCCUCGCCCUCCUCCUCCUCCUCCUCCCCGCCGCCCCCGUCCCCUCCGCCGUCCGAAACGCCCGCCCGCCCCCCUUCCCCGUCCCGCUACAUGCGCCGCCUCCCGCCUCCCCCGGGUUUCUACCUCCCCAGGGAGCACAGCUACGCUCAGCUCUGCCCCCUGGUGUGGAAGAAGCGCUACGACAAGGCCCUGGACAGCCUGGAGAAGUCGGUGCGCCUCCUGAACGCCGCGCGGAGGCGGGAGGCGCGCCUGCGCAGACGCUCCUCUGGCUCCGCGAGACCCGCGUCCGGCACGGCUUCCGGGAGGGGGGCGGGGGCAGGGGACGGCCGGCCCCGGGGCAGGGCCCCGGCGCCAGAGAGCGGGCCAGCGGAGGGCGCUCGCCAGGGGGCGGAGCCGAGAGAGAGCGAGGCGGAGCGAUCGAAGGAGGACCUGGGCCUUUUGGAGGCGGGGCCGGGCGAGCCCGGGGAGUGGGGCGAUUGGGCUCCGCCCCCGCCCACGAAGGCGGGCCCGGGGGAAGACCCGGGGUUCUGCUUCUACUGCGGGAGGGGGCGAGGGGACGGGGAGGGGUGGGACAUCCCGGGCAAGGAGCGACCCAGGGGGAGGCCUCGGAAACCGUGGGAGGGGGAGAGAGACGAGGAGGAGGAGGAGGUGGACGAGGAAGAGGAAGAGGAGGACGAUGAAACUGGUGGAGAGACGGGCGCGGAGGAGUGCUGCUAUUACUACUACUGUGAGGACGGGGAGGGCGGGGCUAGCGGGAGAGAGGCGGGGCUCCACCUUGUGACUGUGGAGCAGGCCGUGCCGAAACCCCCGGGGGACCCGGCAGCCCCUGGCGGCCCGCCGCAGCCUGCGGAGCCACUGCUGCACGCCGCGCUGCAGCUGCAGGCCCUGCAGCCCAUGCAGCCGACGCAGCCCAUGCAGCUGCUGCAGCGGGGAGCCGCCGCCCCGCAGUGCUCGCUCCUCGCGGCCGAAGAGGGGGGGGGCGGGGGGGAGCAGCGGCUGUUCUGGGUGCAGGAGGGCGUGGAGGGGCGCUUGGUCCUUUUGCCGGUGGCCGCGGAGGAGGACGGCGGGGGCGGAGCCGGCAGGACGGGCGCCGAGGCGACGGCUGCCGGGGCGACGGUCGCAGCCGCGGCGGGCGGGCAGGCCUUCCAGCGCCUGGUGGUGUCGGCGGCCGGUUUUCAGAAAGCGGUCGCGGCCGAGGGGGAGAGGCGGGGCCUGGAGGGCGGGGGCGGCGUGCCCAGGACUAAGGGGCGGGGCGAAAACCAGGCUGAGACCAGGACCGCGGCGGGGAGCAGCGACGUUAGAGAGCGGCUGAAGGAACACUUGGAGGGGUUCCAGCUCCAGCUGAGCAACGAGUUCAUCCAUUAGGGGGGUCGAACCCGGGGCAGCAAAGCCCCCCGUGACAUCAGCCAUUUCCCCAGGGUCCUUAGCGAUGGUGCGUAUGAUGGUGGGGGAGCACUGGAGCUAAUUUUUGGUGUCUGUUGGGGCAGGCUGGGGGGGGAGAGGGCUCAAUUCAUGACGCCAGGCUUUGUGUACGGCCACCAAACACCCUGUUCAUACAUGUAACCUCACACACAAUGCACUUCCCAUCACGGGUUAAGAAGUUUUAUUUUAUGCCUGUUCUGAUGUAAUAAAGAGUUCUAUUAAGUGAA